UGUAUGUUUUGCCGAUGGAGAACUUGGUGUCAGCCCACCAUGACCAUGAACUCGUCCCAUCGUCGUUCUGGACGUUAUGUCUCGAAAACCAGGCGUACAUGGGCGGAGCAGGAUGCAACGUCUGCUCGACGUCGUGCGCCGGGUCAUGGCAUUGCACAGAGUGCGGAUUUGACUUGUGUGGGGACUGCUCUGCCACAGACCUUCCCCCGAAAUCCAUGACCCACCCCCAGCACCCCCACCACUCGCUAACAUUUUUGAACAUUGCCGAGCUUCGCGACUUGCACGCCGACUACUCGGCAUAUGUGGGCUGCGACCUCUGCAAGCAGCUAGCGUAUUGCUCCUACCACUGCGCAACAUGUUGCUUCGACUUGUGCAUCUCGUGUACGCUGGGACAACUGGCACCACUGUUUGGCACGCCAACGACAAGCUUGUCCGCAGUAGUCGAGAGCUCCAUCAACUGGGGAGACUACUACCAAGCCGAAACGGAAGGCACCAAUGCCAGGCAGGUCGACGACAGCGAGGGGUUGGUCAACAUCUCUCGAGGCAAGUUGGCGUCGGGCAGCUCCAUGGAAAACGAAGGGUCCCAUGCCACCUUUGCCGUGGACGGAAACGACCAGACGCGGUUCGCGUCUGUCGACAGCGACCCCCAGUGGCUCGAAGUGGACUUGGGGGUGCUCCACAACAUCUCACACGUGUGCAUUCUGUGGGAGGCCGCAUUUGCUUCCAAGUACGACAUCCAGGUGUCUACCGAUCGGUUGGUGUGGACGACGGCGGCGUCGGUCACGGAUAAUCGCGACGAAGGCUGGGUUAAGACUAACCUCCCGGCCAAUGUCGACGCGACGUUUGUGCGAAUGUAUGGCCACGAGCGGGGCACGAAGUUUGGCUACUCGAUCUAUCAUUUCAACGUGUAUGGCUGCCAGUUGGCGCCGUUCUUGGAACAGGUGGUGGUCACCAGUGCCAACGUGAGCCUCGGCGAUAGAGUAGUGCGGGGACUGCACUGGCCUGUUACGUCCUCGUACGAUGGCGUGUGUGGCUAUCCGGGCACAGUAGUAGCGUUCAAAAAACCCGGGGAACCUGCAGUGCACGUCGAAGGUCAGCGGCCCUACCGCGGUCCCGACAAGUGCUGUAUCGUGAAAUGGGAUUUGAUCACCACUCCAGCGGUGCAUCGGAUGGGAGCAUCCGGUCAAUAUGAAUUGUAUUUCCACCCCGAACAUGCUCCAGCUGGGGCCACGACGGACGUGCCCAACGAUGCAAUCACGGAAGAAUUGGGGAUUUUGAUAUGGCUAAGUGCACCAAAUGCGGCGGCAACACAAGAAGAUGAUGUGGGAGACGAAGUGCAAACGCUCGAGGCAGCCUUGUGGGCCACUUCUCGGGACAAACGGUUGGAGUGGAAAGGCAAACUAACGGCUCGACCGCCCCAGAUCACCCACGCUCUCGAUAAACACCUCGUCGCUAGAGUCGUUCAAGGCAAACUCGUACAAAAUGACAUUCGCCCAAAACCGAACGCUAUCAGCGUGUUUGUCUCGUCUACAUUUACCGACACGACGUCGGAGCGGAAUUUGCUCAUCGCUGAUGUGUAUCCGUACUUGAAGCGAUACGCCGCGCUGUUGGGGCUUGAAUUCUCGGCGUCCGAAAUGCGCUGGGGCAUCCGCGACGAAGCCAGCAAUUCGCACCAGACGUCUGCGAUUUGCAUGGCGGAGCUCGCGCGCUGCCAAACGUCGUCACUUGGACUCAACUACGUGCUCAUUCUAGGCAACAAGUACGGGUACCGACCGUUCCCCAAUCAAAUUCCAGUCGACGAAUUCGAAGCAUUGGUGGCGACGAUGGCUUCAGCGGACGCCGCCGUGACCCGGCACUGGUUUCUCGUCAACGAAAACGUCGUGCCGCCGGCGAUGGAGCUCCAGCCGUCCACACUGGCCGCGCCAGGCACGUGGUGGCCCAUCUUUGAGCAAAUGCAACGUGCGUUCCGGAACAGUCGCCAUGUGUUGCCAGAUCGUUCGCGCCAAGACUUGUACAACAUAUCGGUGACCGAAUGUGAAAUCACCCACGGCCUUCUUCACGCAGACGACCCGACGACCGCUGCGUUUGUGUACCACCGGGUGAUCUCUGACAUUGACCCCGAUCAUGAAAAGGCCAAUAUGUACGUGGACAUGCGUGGCCACGGACAAGUCGACGACGACGCUCAAACGUUGCUAGCAACGCUGCGAGCCACCAAGGUCAAGCCCAUGCAAAUGCUCGGGUCCAAGGACUACAUCGUGCCGUGGGGCCCGGAAAUCCUCCCCGAAACCCAUGCGUCGUACUUGGCAGACUUUUGCGACCACUUUUGCGGCAUUAUGUGCGACGCAUUGCUGCAAGCGUCCGAGCAACUCAACGUCGCGCCCGAUGCAGUGUACAACGAAGCCAUGCACCAUGCGCUGUUUUGUGCGCAGCGAAGUGCGAAUUUUGUAGGUCGACUUGACAUCCUUAGCAAAGUGCACGCAUACAUUCGAUCGCCGAGCGAGAGUCCGUUGGUGUUGUUUGGUCGCGGGGGCGCUGGAAAGAGCGCAGUGAUGGCCAAAGUCGCCAUCAAACUCACGGGUAGUGGAGGAGGCGUGGCGGUGGCCGCGGGGUCAGGCCUCGCGGCAGUCGUCACUCCCCGACACGAUCCAGUUCUUGUGCUCCGAUUCUUGGGUACGAGCUUGGACUCGACAGACAUUCGCAAACUGCUCGCGUCCAUGUGUUUGCAAUUGCAACGCAAUUACACUACUGAAACCGCGAUGGUGAUUCCCCAGUCACUGGACGCGUUGAUUGCACGGUUUCACAACCUGCUCGGGCUGGCUUCGGAAACCAAGCCACUCGUGGUGCUCUUGGACUCACUCGACCAGCUCUCGCGUGCCGAAAAUGCUCACCACCUGACGUGGCUGCCCCAGACACUUCCUCCGUUUUGCAAACUGGUCGUGUCUGCACUAGAAGCUGCCGACGAAGGGGGGCACUGCCUGGCUAAGCUCCGGGCGCAAACUUUGCCUGACCAGAUGUUGGAGCUGCCCGUGAUGUCGGCUGAGGACGGCCGCGACAUUCUCACCGCGUGGCUGGCGUCCCGACACCGGGCGCUAACGCCAGACCAAACGUCGUUUCUCGUCCAUUCGUUUAUGCAGUGUCCGCUGCCGCUGUAUUUACACGUGGCAUUCACGCUGUCGUUGCCCUGGACGUCGUCCACGCCGGUGGAAGCCUCAUUGUUUCCGUCGACGAUCCCAGACCUCUUGAACCACUUAUUUGACAAACUCUGCGGCAUACAUGGCAAGCUACUCGUGCACCACUUGGCGGGGUACUUGACGCUGGCCAAGCGGGGGCUGUCGCGGACGGAGCUCGAAGACGUGCUCAGUCUCGACGACGACGUAUUGAACGAUGUGUUUCAAUGGUGGGUACCCCCCAUUCGCCGCAUUCCGUCGCUCGUAGUCACCCGAUUGCUGUCGGACUUGGACAGCUACCUGGUCACGCAUGCCGCCGACGGCGGGGGCAUCCCCGUCUUGAGCUGGUACCACCGCGAAUUCAAAGUCGCCGCCACGGCCAUCUGCCUCAAAGACGAUGCCAUCACGUCGGCGCUGUCCGCCACGUUGGCGUCGUACUUUGCAAGCGAUUAUGCCCAUGUGGCGAAGCCCUUUCUGGACAAAAAGGGGGUGCCUGGGGGCCGUGCCCACCGCAAAGUCACCCCACAAGAGUUGGCCGUUCCGGGCACGACUCCAGAAAGCGUCACGUACAACCAUCGACGAGUGAGUGAGCUUCCAUCGGCGCUCAUCGGGGCGAAAGAUUGGCCUCGGGUGGAGCUCGUCCUCAGUGACGUGACGUUCCUACAGGCCAGCGUGGCCCUUGGCGCGAUCUCGGACACAUUGAUGGACAUCCGCCGAGCAAUCCAAGCAAUGCAUGCCGACGACACCCCGCCGUCCGUCUUGCCCCAGGUGGCUGCGUUUCUCAGUCGCGACAUGUUUACGCUGCAGCGCCACCCGCAGUCGUUCUUCCAGAACAUCGUCGACCACCCCAAGGGUUCGUUUUUGCGGGUUUCGGCCGACGCACGGUUGACCCCCCCUCCGCGAGGGUACUUUCAAGUCGUGAGCACGGAAACCCCCACGAGCUCGAUCGUUGCCUCGUUCAAGGUGGGGCCAGUGACGGACGGAGCGAGUUCGUUGGCGGCGAUCGCAUUUAGCCCUAACAGUUUGAAGGUCGCGGCGGUGUCCGAGCCAAACUACGCCCAGAUCGUGUACUUGACGGUAUUCGACGUAAUCUCCAACACGGUCAUGUGGACGGUUGUUGCCGAGCCCGACGCCAAGUACGAUUCAGUGACAUGGACCGCAGACGGCACGGCCGUGGUGGCGGGGGUGUCUAGCUCCGGGGAGCUCCACUUGUUUUCAGAAACCAUCGGCGUACGAACGCAAGUGCUACAUGCCCCACACAAGACCCACGACAUCACAAGCGUCGUGUGUGUGGAUGCCACCAUCUUUGUGACCGCCGAUCGCACCAAAUCGGAACUGAAUGUGUGGGAAGAGGGAAACGUCCGUCGCACGUUACAGAUUGACGGACACGGCCAAGUGGACCACAACGACAAGAGAAGAGUAACCCAAGUCGUGUUGAGUUCGGAUCGAAGGUGGUUGGGGGUGGCAUCGUACAGCGGGGCGUGCAGCAUUUGGAAGUGCUCGACGUGGACAAAGGAAGCGUCGUUCAUUGCCAGUGAAGGCGUCAAAUUCGCCAGUCUGUCGAGCGAUGCCACCAUGUUGGCGGUCAAUGUAGAGACGAGCAACGGCGAAGGCGCGCACGUGUUUGGAAAAGCGUUCGACCACCCCAAGCCGCUCAUCAUGGAUUGCUUGGAUAUGACUGGCAGUGCCUUGGAAGUGUGUGGUCUGGCAUUCCAUCCCAACCACCCGUCGAUCCUGUACGUGUUCAACUCGACCACGCAAAUCUACGCCUUCGACGUCGUGCGGGAGCGCCGGCUGGCCAUUUAUGCUGCCCCGGGCCACAGCUUUGGCGGCGCUAUGACCAUGAGUUUGGACGGCAGUCUCAUUGCAACGCUCGGCCAGACCAACAACGUGCUGCUGUGGCAUCCAGGGGCCAAACCGGCGCCGCUGGGCGCCCCCGGGCGCGUGGAAUCGGUCGCGCUGCAUCCGAAUGGGGCCACCGUCGCGGCCUGCCACUCGGGCGCCGAAUCUACUCGGAUUGUGGACGUGUGCAACCCCACGCAUCUCGUGACUGAGUUUGUCAACACCCAAAUCACAUCCACCGCAUGUACGCGAAUGGUGUUCAGCCACGGACGAGACGACGGCGGCCUGUUUGUAGCGGCGACCACCAACACGAGCGCAGUCUGCGUCGGCCAAAUCGAAAACGACCAAGUCACUACGACCUUUUACGACACGUUCGAGUACGAGUCUAUCGACGUGGCCGUGCAUCCGUCGGGGGAAUAUGUGGCGGCGCUGGGCCUCGAUGCGCAGUACAAUAGCCGCGGCAUAUUGCGGUACAUUCGCCGAGUCGACGGCAGUGUGCUGUGGGAAGUGCCCGACAUGAUCCGCCAAGCUGUCCGGAUGGGCGGCAUGGCGUUGCAGAUGUCGUUCUCGGGCGAGUUACUCGCGUGCAUGACCCAUCACGAGCGACUUUCCGUGAUGGACACUGCCACGGGCGAUGUGCAGUAUUCGUUCCCCAAUGCCGGGGGCGAACACUGCUACCGAUUCACCCCGGACUUUGCUAUGGUCGCGAUGGCAAGUCAAGGCGGCCAAGUGCAAGUAUGGACAAUCGACAACGUGGAACGUCCAAUGUGGCACUGCAAUCCGCAUGCCGACGUGACAAACAUCACGGGGGUCGCCGUCUUGCCCGAGAACAACGUCGUGUUGUCGUGUGCUGAAGACGGGCAUUUGUUCGCUUUGAGCUUGAUCGACGGCGCCAUCCUGAGCGUGUAUGCGGCUACAGGGCUGCAGCCCAUCCACUGCUUCGAUAUCCUCCCCACUCGGUUGCCGUACCCAAGACUGGCCAUUGGCGACGACAAUGGCCGAGUGGUCGUGUUGGAUUGGAUCCAGCAAAACCAACCGUCGACGAGUGGAAUCGCAUAACUUACAACCGCCAGAACCUAUGGGGUUCUUACACUACUAGUAGUAUAUAUUAACAGCAACAGCUGUAAAAUGGGAUGGCUUGGACAUGCAGCGCCAAAUAGAAUGCUCGAAACCUUGACAUUCCGCG